CCAAAACUAGUGCAAAUUGCCGGCAUUGAAAGCUGACAUUUGGAGUGAAAAAGGCCGACAGUUUUUUAAAUUUUACAAGAAGUUAUUGUUGUGUAACACAUAAAAAGCCUUGUUUUAAGUUUUUAAUCGAUAAUGUCAUCUCCCGCGCCAAAGUCGCCGGAACAAAGCGAAAAGAGCAAAAAAUACGACCGGCAGUUGAGAUUAUGGGGCGAUCACGGUCAGAAAUUUCUCGAAAACUCAAAGAUUUGUCUAAUUAACGCCACCGCUUUGGGUACGGAAAUUCUCAAAAGUUUGGUUUUGCCUGGCAUUGGUUCCUUCACGAUUGUUGAUGGUGAAAAAGUAACUGAUGAUGAUAUUGGUUCAAACUUUUUUAUCGAGAGUGAUUCAAUAGGGAUGUCUAGAGCACAGGUAGCCACUCAAAACCUACUUGAGCUGAACCCUGAUGUUAGAGGGGACUACAUUGACGAGUCCGUUGACCACAUUAUGGCCCACAGUCAAGAUUUUUUUGACACGUUUUCUGUCGUAAUUGCAACGUGUUUGCCAGAAAAAGUUUUAAUGCCGCUCUCUAGACACUUAUGGGAAAAAAAUGUACCACUUAUUGUAUGCCGCAGUGUGGGCUUUCUGGGCUACAUAAGAAUACAAGUCAAAGAACACACCAUAAUAGAAGCCCACCCUGAUAACGAAAAUCAUGAUUUACGCUUAGAUAAUCCAUGGCCUGCACUUAAAGAACAUUUGGAUAAAGUUGAUGUAACCAAACUAGACAACAAGGAACGCAGUCAUGUGCCUGCGGUGGUUAUUCUGUACUAUUAUUUGGCGCAGUUUAAAAGCAAACACGGCCAUUUACCGAAAACUCGAGCCGAAAAGGAAGAAGUUAAAAAAAUGAUAACGGAAAGCCCCCCGCCUGAUGAACACGGAAUUAAGAACUUGGAGGAGAAUUUUAAAGAGGCUAUUCGCUACAUUAAUACUUGUAUUAACCCCAUCAAGAUUCCCCCAAAUUUGCAAGCAAUUCUGGAGGACGAUAGCUGCAUAAAUGUGAACCAGAACAGUUCACCUUUUUGGGUUUUAUGUGCGGCCUUGAAGGAAUUUGUUGAAAAAGAAGGGGCGCCCCCUUUGAAAGGGACUUUACCAGAUAUGGCAGCUGACACCAGUAGCUACAUCACGUUGCAACAACUCUACCAAAAACAGGCUCAAACCCAGUGUGAAAUUAUCUACAGGAGGGCGUUAGAAAUUGCGCGAAAUUUGGGCCUCUCUCAAGAGACCAUAACCGAAUCUGAAGCUAAGCUAUUUUGCAAGCAUGCGAGUGAGUUACAUGUGAUUCGUGGCAGUUGCAUUGCUGAUGAAUAUCAAAAAACUAGAGUAGAUCUAACGUCAUGUCUUGAGGAUCCUGAUAGUUUGAUGUUCCAUUACAUAACUCUAAGAGGGCUAGAGCGCUUUAUCAGUGAAUUUAAUAGUUAUCCAGGGCAAUUGGAUGACCAUGUGGAGCCUGAUGUGCUUAAAUUGAAGGGCAUUAUUGGGAAGUUGUUAGGAGAGUGGGGUUGUUCACAGAUAAUCAGAGAUGAGAGGGUACACGAAGUUUGUCGCUACGGGGGCGCUGAACUGCACUCAGUCUCGGCUAUUUUGGGCGGAUGUGCGGCUCAUGAAGCCAUCAAACUUAUAACUCUGCAGUAUAAGCCACUAAACAACACCUUUAUUUACGAUGCAAUUACCUCAACUUCUGCCUCGUUUACUCUUUAAGUGGUUGAUUUGUUAUUAGGUUACUAAGAGUAAAGUUUUUAAAACGCU